CCGCAUUAUAUAAAUAGAGAAUAUAAAUGAAAGUCAUAAUUAUAAUAAUCCCACAAAAUUGACCCAAUGAAAAAACGGUUAAUCCAAAAUGUCCGAUUAGCCCCUGCAAAUGCAACAACUUCUCCGUUUCUUCUUCUUCACAUAAAAACGAAAGCUUUCUUGGUACAUAAGCUUUCGGAAUCCACCAACCCUAUUCUUACAAAUUUAUUACAUACCCUGACUCUGAAACUUGGGCUCGCGAGUGACACUUUCACUGUGAAUCUCCUCAUAAAUAGUUAUGUCAAGCUCAGAGAAGUCAACACUGCACGCAAGGUGUUUGGUGAAAUGUGUCAACCAAACGUCGUUUCCUGGACUUCGGUUAUUUCUGGGUUUAACAACAUGGGUCAGCCUCAAACUGCUCUGUCUAUGUUUCAGGAGAUGCAUGAAGACAGAUCUGUGCCUCCCAAUGAGUACACGUUUGCUAGUGUCUUUAAAGCAUGUUCGUCUUUGGCUGAAUCAAGAAUCGGGAAAUGCAUACACGCCCGUCUUGAGAUUUCCGGGCUCAGAAGCAAUACCGUGGUGAGUUCCUCUCUUGUUGACAUGUAUGGGAAAUGCAACGAUGUGGAAACGGCUAGAAGGGUUUUUGACUCCAUGAUUGGUUAUGGUAGAAAUGUUGUUUCUUGGACUUCUAUGAUCACUGCUUAUGCGCAGAGCGGUCGUGGCCAUGAAGCUAUUGAGUUGUUUAGAUCAUUCAAUGCUUCUUCGACGUUAGAUAGGCCGAAUCAGUUCAUGCUGGCUAGUGUAAUUAGUGCUUGCUCUAGUUUAGGUAGGCUGAAAUGGGGAGAAGUUGCUCACGGGUUAGUCACUCGAGGUGGUUAUGAAUCGAACAAUGUGGUUGCUAGCUCGCUUCUUGAUAUGUACGCGAAGUGCGGGUCUCUCAGCUGUGCGGAGAAAGUCUUCUUGAGCAUUCGUUGUCAUUCUGUUAUAACGUACACGUCUAUGAUCAUGGCAAAGGCAAAGCAUGGACUUGGAGAAGCAGCGAUCAAACUAUUCGAUGAAAUGGUUGGAAAGAGAAUAAAUCCUAACUAUGUAACGUUACUCGGCGUGUUACACGCUUGUGGCCAUUCGGGUCUUGUUAACGAAGGCUUAGAGUUCUUGAAUUCAAUGGCUGAGAAGCAUGGUGUAAUCCCUGACCCGAAGCAUUACACUUGUGUUGUUGAUAUGCUUGGGAGAUGUGGCCGUGUUGACGAAGCUUAUGACUUGGCGAAAACGAUACAAGUUGGAGCAGAGCAAGGGGCGCUCUUGUGGGGAGCUCUUCUUUCAGCUGGUAGGUUACAUGGGAGAGUAGAGAUUGUUUGUGAAGCAAGCAAGCGGUUAAUUCAGUCGGAUCAGCAAGUGACAAGUGCGUAUAUCGCAUUAUCCAAUGCUUAUGCUGUGGCUGGAGGAUGGGAAGAUUCAGAGUCUCUUCGAUUAGAGAUGAAGCGUAGUGGAAACGUGAAAGAACGAGCUUGUAGCUGGAUUGAGAGUAAGGGGUCAGUUUAUGUCUUUCACGCUGGGGAUUUGUCUUGUGAUGAAAGCGGUGAGAUUGAGAGGUUUUUGAAAGAUCUGCAGAAGCGAAUGAAGGAAAGAGGACACAGGGGAAGUAGUAUGAUCACAAGUUCAUCGGUUUUUGUUGAUGUUGACGAGGAAGCUAAAGAGGCAAUGGUGAAUUUGCAUUGUGAGAGAUUGGCUUUAGCCUAUGGAUUGAUUCAUUUGCCUGCGGGAUCAACUAUUCGGAUUAUGAACAAUUUGAGGAUGUGUAGAGAUUGCCAUGAGGCUUUCAAGCUGAUCAGUGAGAUUGUGCAGAGAGAAAUUGUUGUUAGGGAUGUAAAUAGGUUUCAUUGUUUCAAGAAUGGAUCUUGUACUUGUCGUGAUUUUUGGUGACUUUUUAUCACUAAAAAGUAAAAACAUUGAUGUACA